AUGCCUUCCGCUGCCGCUCGACGAAUCUAUGAGGACCAGAUACCCUCAUUUAUGUCCAUAUACGACCCUUCCGCCGACAGCAUAGACGAUCGAGACCUAGUUACCGUGGUGGACGACAAGUUCCUGGAGAUGGAGCCGUCUUGCGCAUCCGGGCAACUCACUAAGGGCGUACUACAACAGCAGCACCAUCUGCGACCUUUGCCCACGGAUCGCGCCCACCGGUACCAUGAUAGCACAUCAACACAGAACUCCGAGUCUGCUGACUCUUCUCCCACGACGACACUGACCACCGACACUUCCUCGCUAUCUGACCCUUCCCCUUCUUCGUCGCCGGAUUCUCCCGUUAAUCUAAUACCUCUGAACUCGUUUCCGGCUAGCACAUUUGGCGAAUUGCCAUCUACCAUGAACAGCCUUCAAAUCAUGGGUACCAAUACUUCGAGCACUCUCCAGCGGCCCAUGACCUCCCCGUCUCCAAGAAGGGCAAGGAACAUGAAGGGUCUAUCGAUACAGCCAACCUUUGCCACUUCCUUGUCCUCGACUCUGGUCUCCGAGCCGUCGUCUCCCUCUUUCAUCAAGCCCCAGAUCCCAGCACCGAAGAGAAAGCCCAGCCAGCUAAGUCUGAAGACCGAUUCCACAGGCCUCAAUGUUCGCCCACCCACUCUCGAGCUUCCCAGCUCGCCAGGCCUUGCUCCCAUGUUGCAAAGAAGAUCUCUCAAGCACUCAACAUCAUCACCUCAUAUGCUAUCAGGUCUGAAAUCCGCAGGUUUCGGCCCCUCUGGUGGUAUGACGUUCCCAACUGUUUUCGAACGCGGCACUUCAGGUCUGUCGGAAGUACUACGACCAACAAAGCAGGUAACGAUACCCGCCAACUAUGAAUCUACGAUUGCCGAAGAAGACUCGCCAAUCAGGACUCAGCAUGCAAACCGGGCGGCAAUGGACUUUGAACCAUUUCACGAGCCGGAAAAUAACGAGGACCAGAAAUCACCAGGCUAUCCUAAUGGGCCUAUUGCCAUCUACGAGGAUAAUGUGUACCUCUAUCUAGAGCCUACUGCGGAUGAAGCGUCCAAGUUCGAUGUCGUGAUCAACGUGGCCCGAGAGGUACUCAACCCAUUCGAAGCAUCCGUCAAGGGUAAAGAUCAGACCAACCCUAAACCAGCCCAUGGCGAUCUACCAUCGGUCACAGUGGAUUCCCCCAUCCCAGAUACCGCCAUGACCAACGACAGCUUUGCGACAGCAUUCGAGUUUCCGCCGCGAGACGCCACAGGCCCAGAGACACCCACUACUCCCAAGGCGCUAUCCUGGAAUGAGCCCGAGUAUAUUCACAUGCCGUGGGAUCACAACACCGACAUCGCUACGGAUCUCAUGUCGCUCUGCGAGACUAUUGAGGAACGCACCAAGGAGGGCAAGAAGGUCCUCAUACAUUGUCAACAAGGCGCGAGCCGUUCCGCCAGUUUGAUCAUUGCUUACGGUCUCUACCAAAAUCCGAGAUUGACCGUCAACGAUGCUUACUACUCAGCGCAGACCAAGAGCAAAUGGAUCAGUCCCAAUAUGCGUCUGAUGUACUGCCUGCAAGACUUUCAGAAAGAGGUUUCGAAAAGAAAGCUACCACCUCGAUCCGCCGCCGGACCUAGAGGCGGGAGAAGUCCCACAAAGCAUCGCCUUACCCUUUCUGCUGAUGCUAUCGACAUGAAGCCCAAGGAACCAAUGACUGCACCUCUUCCAGGUGCAGACAUGGUGACCACGAAAAGCGCCAGUCCCAACAGGAGUCCCACUCAUUCUCGCGGCAAAUCUACUCCCAAUAUAGACGCCAUUACACCGGGCCCGUCCUCCGCACCUUCGAGUCUAUCGUGGUCAGAACAAGACAUUGAGAUGAGCCCUAGUCGCCCCAAACAGUUUGGCUUUGGGACUUCUCUAGAACCGCCCAAGUCAUGCGAGAGGAAACGACCGGAGCCAAAACACUUGACAUCAUUUCCACCCCCCUCGUCAUCCUUCUUCAAACCUCCACCGUCACCUGGGUUUGGCUCAAUGGGCUUUUCAAAUGGCACUCGACGCUUCCAGCCCCCGCCGUCACCUGGUUUUGGUCAUAUGGGAUUCUCGGGUGGUCCACAAAGCUUCGGAUUCUCCAACCCCUUCAUUGAGCAGCAGUCGUCAUUCCACGAGGCGAACGAGGUAGUAACUCAACAACGAGGCAUAGCAAUAGCCCCUGCUUUGCCAGACGAUGAUGCCCUGAUGUCACCAAGAGCCGAAACUAUGACUAACAAUCCCCUUCACGACUCCUAUUCAGAGCUAGCCGGGAUGAAGUUCGUUGAGGUACCGCCGACUCCGACUGAAGGUCUUUUCUCCCCACGUCAAACGACGUUCCCAAGGGAUCCAUUCCUCCCUUUCGCGCGCCCUACCCAGGUCACCGAUCCAAGAAGCCCCCCUACCAAAGGAGAGACUCCGAUCACCCGCUCGAUUGACGAUGUAUUAUAG